UAACUCAUCAUCUGAGAUAACUUGUGUUGUCAAACACAUAUGAACCUAUCUAAUCGUGUGUGUACACACAAGGUAAGAUGGCAGAAGCUAGUUUUUCUCAGGACCAGUUCAGCUGCUCAGUGUGUCUGGAUAUCUUAAAGGGUCCAGUGACCAUUCCCUGUGGACACAGUUACUGUAUGAGCUGUAUUACAGACUGCUGGGAUCAGGAGGAUCAGAAGCAAGUCUAUAGCUGCCCUCAGUGCAGAAACACCUUCACUUCAAGACCUGUGUUGUGUAAGAAUGUCUUGAUUGAUGAGAUGGUGAAGAAAGUAAAGAAGACUAACUUACAAACUGCUUGUCCUGCCCAUGCUCAUGCUGAACCUGGAGAUGUGGAGUGUGACGUCUGUCCUGGAAGAAAAUAUAAAGCUGUCAAGUCAUGUGUGGAGUGUCUGAACUCUUACUGCCGAAGCCAUCUUGAACAACACGAGAAUCUGUUUAAAGACAGGAGACACAAUCUAUUGGAUCCCACUAGACAACUCCAUGAGAUGAUCUGCCCAAAACACGACAAACCACUGGAAAUCUACUGUCGUACUGACCUGCAGUGCAUUUGUUAUCGAUGUUUAAUGGAUGAACAUAAAAACCAUGAAGCUGUAACAGCUGAAGCUGAGAGGACAGAGAAACAGAAGCUUUUGGGAAGAAUCCAAACAAAGUUCAAGCAAGCAAUCGAGGCAAGACAGAAGGAGCUGCAGGAGCUAAGAGAUGCUGUGAAGUCUUAUAAGUGUUCUGCACAGACAGCAGUGGAUGAUAGUGAAAGGAUCUUUACUGAACUCAUCCACACCAUUGAGAGAAGCCGAUCUGAAGUGACACGACUGAUCCAAGAUCAGGAAAAGGCUGCAGUGAGUGAAGUUGAAAAACUCUCGGAGCAGCUGGAGGAGGAAAUUGAUGAUCUUAGGAGGAGAGACUCUAAGCUGGAGCAGCUUUCACACAUAGAAAAUCAUAUUCAUUUCCUCCAGAUGUUCCAGUAUAUAUCUGAACACCCUAAAUCUACAGACACAUGUGGCAUCACUGUCAGUUCCCUCAUCCCUUUUCAUGAUGUGGUAAAGUCAAUCUCUAAGCUGAAGGAAAAAGAGGGUUUCUGUAAAGAAGAGCUAGAAAAGUUCUCUGAUAGAGUGACAUGCAAUGACAUGACUCCCAUCAGUGAAUCAGUUCAUACCCGGGAACAGUUUGUCAAGAGUUCCUGUCAGCUCACUCUUGAUUCAAAGACAGUGAACCGUUACCUUCGUCUGUCUGAGGGAAACAAAGCAGUCAGUUUCACUGAAACACCCCAGCAGUAUCGUGCUCAUCCAGAAAGAUUUGAUGGGAGUUUUCAGGUGUUGUGUAGACAGAGUGUGUCGGAACGCUGUUAUUGGGAGGUUGAGUGGAGUGGAAUUAAUGGUGUGUGUAUAUCAGUGUCAUAUAAGAGCAUCAGCAGAAAGGCAUUGUUUAAUGAAGAUAUGUUUGGAUUCAAUAGUCAGUCCUGGGGUUUGUACUGCUCUCCCUCCAAUUACCUAUUCAUGCACAAUAAGAGCAAGACUAAAAUCCCUGUGUCCUCCACAUCCUCUAGAGUAGGAGUGUAUGUGGAUCAUAGGUCAGGAACUCUGCACUUCUACAGCGUCUCUGAGACUAUGGCCCUCAUCCAUACAAUCCAGACCACAUUCACUCAGCCUCUAUACCCUGGGUUUGGCUUAAAUAUCGGCUCAAAUGUGAAACUGUGUCAUCUAACAACAUAGUAGAGAAAUUUGGCAUGUUACAUGAUGUAGCUUUGAUUAUUUUUAUUGGGAAUCUCUCACACAAGCAGUAACAAUUGUGUAUAAUGUGUAAAAACACUAAGGACUGAUGUACUGUAGCUUCUACUUACAUAAUCGUAGUCUGCUGUCGCAAACAUGUCAAUGUAAAGCUUUAACUAACAGUAGGGGGUGCAAUCACUGUUUGUAUGUACUGAAACACUGAAGCGGGAAUUUAAUUUGUAAAAUAACCAACAUAGGCUCAUUCUGAAAAUGUAGCCCUAUAUACAUUUCUGGAAAUUGCUAACUAUGUAGACAGAAGUGCGUAUGGCUGUAUUUCAUCUUUAAAACGAACGCUAAGGGGCAGUAUGACAUCGUUCCUUUUCACGCUACCAGCUGACCACUUAGCUCCGUAUUAAUGGCUUUCCCUCUGUUACCAGUUUGUCAAGUAUAGUAGCUCGUCAUGUACGUCAAUGGACUUGAGACACAGAAAGGAGUUGACCAUGAUGACGGGGUUCAAGUUUGGCGAAGAUCGGUUCCAGAAGUUGGAUAAGACAAAAACAGAAUAAAAUAAAAUUAACAAGUAAAUAACAGGUUGAAAACG